GUUGGUACGAGGUGCUGCGUGUGGUCGUGGCACUUUUUAGGUUAUGUUCUGCACUUUCUCAACAUAUUUUUAGUUUCUAAAUACCGAUGUAAAUUUUAAUUGACGGCUAUAUGAGAUGAGAAUACUGGCCCAGUUGUCUCGAUCACUUUGCCUUUCUUGGAAGUCCAAAGCGAGACACUUCGCCGUUCCUGCCCUUUCUCUCAGUGUCAGUGCUGCGUUCUCUCGAGGACCACGGCAAAGUUGGGGCACCACCAAGAAUACCCGAUCAAUCAAACUACGUCCGUGGGAAAUGAUGACGGACCCCAAAAUUGAAGAGGCCUUGGCGCCGCUGAGGGCUGCCGUCAAAGAACAGGGUGAUUUGGUGAGGAGCCUGAAACAGUCUGGAGCCCCUGAUCUAGAUGUCAAGAAAGCAGUGGUGGAACUAAAAGCACGGAAGAAGAUCCUUGAAGACAAAGAGCUUUCUCUUAUCCCUAAUGUCACCUUCGACAGGGCAAAAAUGGAAGACCUUCUCAAGAGGAGGUUCUUUUUCGAUCAGUCAUUUGCCAUCUAUGGCGGUAUUACUGGCCAGUUUGAUUUUGGGCCUAUGGGAUGUGCCAUGAAGGCCAACAUGCUCAACACAUGGCGAAGCUCUUUCGUGUUGGAGGAGCAGAUGCUGGAAGUGGAUUGCUCCAUCUUGACCCCAGAACCAGUUCUCAAGGCUUCUGGACACGUGGAUAGAUUUGCGGAUUUGAUGGUCAAAGAUGUGAAGAAUGGAAAUUGCUUCAGACUUGAUCAUUUAAUUAAAGCUCAUUUAGAGAAAUUGGCCUGUGAGAAGACUGCUACUCCUGAACUCAAAGCUGAAUGCACUGACAUUGUUGUAAAGCUUGAUGGUAUGACUAAAGAUGAAAUGGCUAACAUUUUGAAGAAGUUCAAUAUCAAGGCACCUUUAACAAAUAAUGAACUUACUGAGCCUAUUGAAUUCAACUUGAUGUUUGCCACUCAAAUUGGACCAUCUGGUUUGGUGAAAGGAUUCUUGAGACCAGAGACUGCUCAGGGUAUAUUUGUGAAUUUCAAGCGUCUUUUGGAAUUCAACCAAGGCAAGCUGCCAUUUGCUGCAGCGCAGAUUGGCAAUGCCUUCCGUAAUGAGAUCUCUCCCAGGUCCGGUCUGAUCAGAGUUCGUGAAUUCACCAUGGCUGAAAUCGAACACUUCUGUGACCCCAAUGACAAGGCGCAUCCCAAAUUCGACUCUGUGCGUGACAUUACCCUCAUGCUGUAUUCAGCCUGUAACCAGAUGGAUGGAAAAUCUGCUGAGGCUGUCAAGAUGGGUGAUGCAGUAGAUAAGGGCUUGGUUGCCAAUCAAACUCUUGGAUACUUCAUGGCCAGAAUUCACCAGUUCCUCAUUCGAGUUGGAGUAGAUCCCGCUAAGCUGCGCUUCAGACAACACAUGAGCAAUGAAAUGGCGCAUUAUGCUUGUGACUGCUGGGAUGCUGAAUGCCUUACUUCAUAUGGUUGGGUGGAAUGUGUAGGCUGUGCAGACAGGUCAGCUUUUGAUCUCACACAGCACACCAAGGCCACUGGUGUGCGUUUAGCUGCUGAAAAGAAGCUUCCUGAACCACGGACUAUUGAUGUAGUGGAGGCUCAGCCAAACAAAGGUGCACUUGGUAAAGAGUUCAAGAAAGAGGCAAAGCAAGUUAUGGAUGCCCUGGCAGCCCUGGAUAAGGAUGCAGUUGAAAGUCUUGCUAAGCAGCUUGCGGAAACAAGCAUUUGCACUGUCAAUGUGGACGGUAAAGAUGUCAAGCUUACCAAAGAUCAUGUAGAUGUCAAGAAAUAUCAAAAGACUGUCCACGUAGAAGAAAUUAUUCCGAAUGUGAUUGAACCAUCAUUUGGCAUUGGCCGUAUUAUGUAUGCUAUUUUUGAGCACAAUUUCAAAACUCGUGAAGGUGAUGAGCAGAGAACGUUCUUCUCCCUCCCACCAGUUGUCGCUCCCUACAAGUGCUCCCUUUUACCUCUCUUAAACAACCCUGAGUUCUCUCCCAUAAUUAAGAAGCUAUCUCAAGACUUAAUAUUGCUUGAUGUGUCUCACAAAGUUGAUGACUCAGCUGGUUCCAUUGGUCGUCGGUAUGCCCGAACUGACGAGAUUGCAAUCCCAUUCGGCAUCACUGUUGAUUUUGACACAUUGAAAGAUUCUACCGCUACAUUGCGAGAAAGGGAUUCUUGCCAACAAGUCAGAAUUCCGCUUUCUGAACUUCCUGACAUUGUUCGGGACCUUGCCAUCGGCAGGAGACAAUGGACUGAAGUUGAAGCAAAGUACCCAAAACAAGGUGAAGUUAAAGAAUGAUCACCCAUACCACCUCUUUAUUUAUAUCACAUUGAACCUGUGUAAAUUGGAGUUGAUUACUAUUACUUGGUAAUGGAUUGAUAAUAAACGUAUUAUUGGAUCUGUAAUUUA